AGGUUUCGAAUUCUCCCGUGCGUCUGCUGCCAUGGCUGCAUCGAUGACAUCCACUGCGUCCGAAAGCCCCGUUUAUCUGGUUGAAAGCGACGACGGACGCUGCACUACUCCUCUCUAUAUUAGUAUCGUCAGUGGUCAUCAGGAGUUGGACCCGCAGCCAUGUAGCAGCAGGGAGUGCGACGAUCAUGAAGGAAGCCCUGAUGAGGCUGGUGAAGGAGGGGCAUGGUCCCGCAGCGAGGUGUUGUUGCUGAUUUCACUUUAUGAAAAGUACUAUGCUGACUUCAACAACCGAAAGUUGAAGAAAAGAACAGUGUGGAGGAAGAUCAGUGUAGAAAUGAAUGAAGCUGGUGCCCACAGAUCGCCAGACGACUGCGAAAACAAAUUCAAAGGUUUGAAGCGGACUUACACUAGAAGGCGGCAAGAUAAAAGGAAGACAGGACGAGGGCGCAAGGAUUGGGAAUUUUAUCAACAUAUGGACAACCUUUUCCAAGAUACGGCCGAGUACACUGCCCCGGUGUGCACGAGCAUGCCGGUCGUUCCUGCAGCCUCAGUCACCGAGUCCCAAGUCAUCAUCCCAGCCAGCACAGGGCCGUCAGCCACCACCACAGCUCUAGCCAUUGCCAUGCCCUCCCAAGCCGGCACUGUGUAUCCGCAGAGCGCACAGACUCCAAGGUCAACGAGGCAGCCUGAGCUCCCGCAAGCAAGGAGGAAGAGGCCGGCUGCAAUCCUGGGAGAAAUCCUUGAAAGGAUGGACGCAUGGGAACAAGAAGACAGGCAGCGGUACAGGCAGCAGCUGAAGCUGCAACGUACUAAGCUCCGACUGCUGAAUCGCCUUGUAUGUCAAUCUAAACAGUCUCAGCAGCCUUAAAGGGAUGCUGAACCGAAAUUUAGAGUUCGGAAAACAAUGCAGAAGCUGCAGACGGGACGCUAC